UGCACCUUCGCGCUUACACGGCCCAAGAUCUAGGGUCGUUUUAAGGUACCUGGGCAGUAAAACCAUACCGGACACUGCCUAGUGUUGCUCUAUAUAUUCCUGCCUAUCUGGGACUCACAGCCCGACGUCGUCUUCAACUUGCCCCUGUCAAAUAACCGUUGAGCCGUUGAGUGUCAACCUUGGCAAACAGUACUAUGUAUAUAGAGGUUCUAUGACGUUAGGGGAUCUCCCCAAAACAGUUCAAUUGGUGUCACAAGGACAUUGACACACACACAGCCCCGGGACGGGGACGCGGCAACCCUCAUUUUCAUUUCGAAGGCAGCAAACGCCUCGAAUAUUUCACUCAUCCAAUCUUAUUAUAUAUUUUACGCACGUCCCUAGGUUCGUGGGUGCAGUCAUAUCUUAUAAAAUAUAUACUAUUCGGAUUUCGUCUCGCAGGUGCUUGGAUCGACGCUCAGAUGGCCUCCAAUGGUAAUAACACAUUACUUACCAAUUCGUGGAUAAAUGGCAAUGGCGAUGAGGAACGGCAGCCUCUACUUAAUAGUAGCUAUGUGACGUCUAAACCAGCGAGAUGGCGGAAGAGCUUAACGGCAGACGUUCGCCGCGACUGGGCCGACCUGGUCCUGCUCGCCUGCUAUAUCAUUACUGGCAUGCUUGACAGCGCAUCUAUAUCCACCUGGGGUUCCUUCGUAUCUAUGCAGACAGGAAAUACGGUGUACUUUGGCCUCGGCAUUACCGCACCGCAUGAGUCGACGCGGUGGAUCAAGUCGGGAACCUCGCUCGGCUGCUUCUGCAUCGGGUCUGUCUUCUUCAGCGCCCUCCACCGAAUGCUAUCGCCCUCGCCUAAACGGCGUUGGGUACUCUGCGCAUCCUUCAUUAUCCAGAUGCUGUUUGUCGCCGGUGCCGCAGCAAUUCUUACCUUCGGGCCCCAGUCCGACAGUGAGUCCAAGGAGUCCAUCGACUGGCCGGUGCUAGUACCAAUCGCCUUGAUCGCUUUUCAAAGCUGUGGUCAGGCAGUCGCCAGUCGUGCGCUCAAAUACAACGCGCUUACUAGCGUUGUCCUGACCAGCAUUUAUUGCGACUUGUUCUCCGAUGCUGCGCUGCUCGCGCCGCGGAAUCCUGAGCGAAACCGUAGGGUCGGCGCUCCUGUUUUGCUUCUCAUCGGUGCUGUGCUUGGUGGGAUACUGGCUAGGAGUGCAGUUGGUACUGCCGGCGUACUUUGGAUUGCUGCAGCUUUGAAGCUACUUGUCGUUGUGUCGUGGCUGCUAUGGCCAGCGGAAAAGGAAUAACAGUCGCGCAUGCAUGAUAUUAUUAGAUACAGGUCGUCAUGACUUAGAUAUAGACGGCGAGAUUUGUUAGUAAAUACUUUCGAACUGUUGAAUAAUGCAUAGAUUCAAUCUGCCACUUAGAUGGGCGAAUAAAUAGAUAAGCAUCAAUAGACUCGAC